CUCACCACGCUCCCACGAACAGAAACAGAAACAGAAUUAUUUUGUUUUAAGUUCUCUGUCUCUUCUUUACAAUUAAAAGCCCUAAUUUGCCCAUCUUCUCUUCCUCUCUCACUACCCCCAACUUUCUCUCUCUUCGAAUGCUUCCUGGACCUUCAAUGGCGACGGCGGGCGAUGGAACAGCCUCCUCACACGAAACUGGAGGAGCAGGUGGGAAAUUCCGGAAAAGGCCAUUUCGAAGGCCCCAAACGACGCCGUACGAUCGACCACUCACAGCUCCCAGAAACCCUAGCAGGAGUAGCGGCAGUUGGUUGUCGAAGCUCGUGGUGGACCCGGCUUCCAAAAUUAUCUCCUCUACCGCUCAUUACUUCUUCUCCACCGUUCUCCGCAAACGUCUCCCUCCUCCUCCACCAUCACCACAGCCACCAGUUGGGUGGUUGAUUGCUGUAUCUUUCUUCUUUUUGAUUUAG